AAUCAACUCACAGCAACAUAGAAAUGAGUCUCAUUAUAAUAUUGUUUUAUUAAUUAUUGUGCUACAGAAAAUCAUUCCGAUACAUUUUCAUAUUGUUAAUGACAACAAUGAAUUAUAAUAAAACUUCCACUUCAUUAAAUAUCUAUGUCCGUCUUUAUUAAAAAAAAUUAUUUUGUCUACAAUAUCUAUCCACAACUACUGCAAUAAUAUACCAUAAACAGAACAAAAGUUACAUUUCCACCUUCAACUGUUACGCAUAAAGAAAGUAUAUAUAUAUAUAUAUAUAUAUAUGUAGUUUUUAUAUUGCAUCUAGUGAAGAUAACUUGGGUUAUUUACCAAAUGUAUAAUUACAUAUAUACCAAAAAAUAGUAAUGGUUUUGAAAUAUUUGUGUCACACACAAAUCAACAUGAUCUUAAAAUACAGUGUUAAGAGAGGAUACGUUUCUAUCUUGAAUAAUUAUUACAAAACAAUUCAAAACCAUGAGAAUACUCAUAGAAAAAUGACUACAGGUUUAGAUACGUAUCUGAACACAGAAAGUGCAAUAGAAUCUUGUAUUUUGAGUAAUGGUAUACGUCUUGUAUGCGAAAGUAAAAGCUCUUACACCACCACCCUGGGAUGUUACUUCCCAGCAGGUUCAAUGCAUGAAAUGCCUGAAGAACGUGGCAGUGCAUUAUUCUUAGAACAUUUACUUUUCAGGAGAACAAUGCACAAAAGCGAAGAAGAAUUGACAAAAGCAGUAGAAGAAAUUGGUGCCAAGAUCACUACUGUUGCUUCAAGAGAUAUGUUCCUCUUUUAUGGAACAGUGCCUUCAAACAAAACAAUUAAACUUAUUGACUUAUUUGCAGAUGUGACCAUGAAUAAUGUUAUAUGUGAUCAAGAUAUCACAAGAGAAAAAUGUAUAAUUCUGCACGAGCUUUCUAAAAUGGAGUUAGACAAAGAACGAGUUGUAAUGGAUUAUUUACCAACUAUUGCAUAUCAGGAUACUGACCUUGCAAGCAGUAUAUAUCCUGAAACUGAUAUAAUAAAAACAUUUUGUAAAGGAAGAUUAACUGAAUUUCAAAGUCGUUUAUUCAAACCCUGUUUCAUGACAAUAGUCAGUGUUGGACCUAUUUGUCUACAAGAAUUAGAAAGAAUUGUUUGUAGAAGUUUCAUGUGUGAAAAAGGAGAUUGUAAUACUAUUCAAUCUUUUUGCACAGAAAUUGAAUAUCGAUUUUCAGGAGCUGAAUUACGAUUUAGAGAUGAUGACGAUGAAUUGGGGUAUGUAGCAAUAGGAAUAGAAGGACCAAGUUCUAAACAAUGUGCGGAUAAUUAUGCACUCGCUGUUGCUAAAGAAAUUGUAGGUUAUUGGGAUAGGAAAUGUAGUGGAGCACAACAUAAUGCACCAUAUAUUGCACAUUGCGCAUACAAUACAGACUUAUGUCAUAUGUAUAAAUCGUUUUUUCAAAAUUGGGCACAGUCUACUAGUAUUUGGGGAUGUUAUUUUGUCUGCAACAAAUUAAGUCUUAUGACAAUGACUAAAGUUCUACAAAAGGAAUGGAUGAGAUUGUGUACAACAGUAACUCAAAAAGAAGUAUUACGUGCUGUGAAUCAAUGCAAGACAAAAGAAUUAUUGUUAUUAAAUGAUCCUGUAAUUCAUUUUCUUGACAUUGUAAAAACUCUUUUAAGACACGGACAUUACAUACCAAUUCAUGAAAGAAUUAUAGAAUAUGAGAAAAUAACAGCUGAUAAACUCAGAGAAGUCUCUAUCAAAUAUAUUUAUAAUCAAAAUCCAGCUGUUAUAGCUCUUGGUCGAACUGAAAAUUUACCAGAUUAUUGUAAUAUAAGAAAUGGAAUGUAUUUACUAAGAUACUGAACAUUAUAAAAAAUCUAAUGAAUGGUACAAUAAUUCUAUUACUAUUUUUAUAAAAAAUGUGUUAAAUAAUUAUAAAUACAUAAUCCUGUGAAGGGUUUUAAAAUAUUGAAUAAUAAACAAAAUGAAAAGACAUACAACAUUAACAUUUGAAAUUAGUAUAAUUAAAAUUAAGCAAAAACACUAAUACAUUUGCACUCGAAACGUAUUUAAUAUACUAAUUGAGAAAAGUGCAUUUAAAUGAUUGAAAUUUAUAAAAUAAGCAUAGAAAUAUUUUAAUGUAAUUGCUUUCUAAAUUGUAAAAACCUUAUCAAAUAUUUACAGAAAGAUUUUACUUGUAUUACUAUAUAAAUUAUGUUAACAAAAUAAUA